AUGGCCGUGGAGAGAAUGGCUGGCCGAUCGGCGCCUUAUGGGCAAGCGUGUUUAAGCUGUUUCAAAACAAAAUGCAAGUGUAUUCCGCGCUCUGAUGGCAAUGGAUGUGAAAGGUGUCACCGUCUCAAGCGCCCAUGUCAUCCUGCUGAUGCGCUACGUCGUCGCAGCGAUAAAAAGCAAAACUCAUCAGACGCCCGUAUCGCAAAACUCGAGGGCACACUCGGCCAGCUAGUCUCGAUGCUCCAGACUGGCAACGUUCAUGGCGACAGAGUUGAUGUAUGGUCGCAGCAGCAGCAGCAGCAGCAGCAAUCACCAACGCAACAACACCAACAACAACAGCAGCCACCCCCUCCCAUCGUUCCAUAUCCAGACAUGGUCGCAGAACGGACCGAAGGGAGCACUAUGGGGGACUCACGCUCCGCUUUUGACGACGAUACCGAUACCGACGCCGUCGGUGGCUCUGCUUCUUGGUGGGGGUUGUGCAAUGCGAACGGGCUCAGCACCAACGGCAUCCCUGUUGACACCCCUCCGUCCUCGACCGUGUCGGGCGCGUUUAUGUCGCCCGCUGUAUCUCCAUCCUCUGUACCUCCAUCCUCUGCAUCGAUGUCUGUUGACAUCUUCUGCUCGCGUAUGCUCCAUCAUUUCCCCUUCGUUCAUUUACCUGCCUACCUCGCGGCCGAGAGACUACGACUAGACCGGCCAUUCCUUUUUCGCGCCAUUGUUUGCGUGACAUCGGUGUCAGAUAAGGAAAAGACGGCAAGCUCCAUCGAGCUGAAGCGAGUGCUCUACGAGACGGCAUUUCUUCAACGAUCACUGCAGCAUACCCAGGAACGACCACAACAACAAACAGUCGAUCUGCUGCUAGGUCUCCUUGUCUACAUUGCGUGGGGCUGGGAGCACCUGCGCAACCCUAACAGUUUGUCUCGACUUAUGGCGAUGGCCAUAUCGUUGGCCGGGGAGUUGCGUUUUCUGGACGAAGCCGUACCAGGAAUAUCGCGCACAAUAAAUCACCUUGAACCAAAAGGCGGUUUUGACAAUGUGUAUGGCAGUACGCCAGCAACUACGGCAAUGACAGCACCGACAACGGGUGCUGGGGUGACGAAUACCCAGCUCUACCUCGAGCGCCAGCGAGCCAUUCUGGGCUGCUUUGUGCUUGGCUCGGCCGUCUCAGCCUACUUCUCCCAGGUUGAGGCGCCGCGGUGGAUACAUCAAAUGGACGAGGGUCUUUCUGCCAUUACUGCUAGCGCUAAUAGUGCUAGCGCAGAAUGUCCAUCUGAUGCUGCCCUGGCUAUUCAAGUCCGCCUACAGCUGCUCGCCACGAAGGCCGCCCAGGUCCGGGAGCGUGCCCAACUCCCCGACCAACCCCCACCAGAUACUCUUUCACCUCAAUCUCUCUUGUACAUCAAAUCACUCAUGGGGCAGCUACAAGAGCUCAGGGCAUCUGUCCCUCCGGCAUUCCAACAGCACUUUGUGCUCCUCGCUCAGACAUACUACACCGAGAUGUGCAUUAUCGAGACCAUCCACAUCCAGGAGUCCACUCGCCCGCCACCGCCAACAUGUGGGCCUACGCGCAUCUCCUGCUUUUGGCAGUCAGCACUGGCGAUCAAGUCGUGCACAUCAACUUUUCUGACCCUCUCGCCAUCUGGACUCCUUGGUGUUUCUUUCAUCCAGUGGGCUCAGUUGGUACGGUGCGUGGCCACGCUCCACCAACUUAGCACCCUCCGGGAGCCUGGCUGGGAUCCAGCCACUGUGCGAAAGCUGGUCGAUCUGCCCGUUCUGCUAUCAAGCACGGCAGACAAGCUGGAGCUCGCUGCUGCUGCUGAAGCUGGUCAGCAGCCGGCGUCGGCCGACGGUGUAUUCAUGCAAUUGGCCCGCGGCUUACGCAUGUUCCAGUCGUCGUAUCAUGAUAGAGGACUUCUGAACCGACAGGCAGAGGCAUAUAGAGCAAAAGAAGCACGAGAUACAGCAGGGACCAGAGCGGAUAUGGAUAUGGGUACAGUAGCGACUACGCAAGCAGAUACAGAUGCAUCGGCAUAUACAGGAUACUUGAUGAGUCCCACAUUAUGGCUAGAGGAGUUUUUUGUUGACUAUGAAGAUCAGGCGAUAGCUACUAUGUAG